AUGGCGGAAAUGUGUCUUCUAAUGGAAUACUGGUGCUCAUACAGGAGGUGUUUUCUAAACGCCAUGGAAUGAACGGUGUGUUGAACGGGAUAACUGCACGGUUCAGUGGAUUAUGUAAUCCAGGUGUUUAUUGAACAACUACUAUAGUUGUUUUUUGCGAAGUAUGUCUCUUCUAUGCGUCCAGGUAAGAAGUGCAGCUUUGAUAGGACCACCAACUCAAUUUAACACUUAUGUUACACUGAAGCUGCAAAAUGUGAAAUCUACAACAGUAUCCGUGAAAGGAAAUAACCCUAGUUGGGAGCAAGACUUCAUUUUUGAAACAAAUAGGCUUGAUAUUGGAUUAAUAAUUGAAGUCUGGAAUAAAGGUAUGCUGUGGGAUAAGCUAUUAGGGACCCAGUGGAUGCCAUUGACCAGGAUAAAAUAUACUAAUGAGACUGGUGAAGGUCAAUGGCUUUCUCUGGAUCAAGAGCUGGUAAUGGAGGAAGGGGAAGUGGUCGGAACCAAAGUGCCUACCGGACAUAGCCUUCUUCUUGAGGCUCAUUUUGAACUUCCAUGUGAUGAUUUAGAAGAGGCAGAGCUCAUGAAAAAACUAGACUUCUUGAAUGAAGUUCUGGGCCAAGAGAUAUCAAGCUUAAGGGAACAAGACAGAAGACAUAAUUUUACACAUAAUUGCUCUGGCGUCUCUGAAGAUAGUGAUUACACCAGUGAUGUCAGCUACCCUACGGUUCAACACCCAAGUGCCUCUAUUCAUCAUCCCAACAGCUCGGCGUCACAAUUCGGUGGAGCUGCAGAGAUAACUCGCAGGGCUUCCGAAUAUUCCUCUCAAGAGGAUAAAACUAAGUAUAUAGAACCAGGCAAUAGUUAUGAAGAAUAUUAUGAUAGUACUGUAAAUUAUCGAGAGCGGAACAAUUACAUCGACCGAAACUGCUCUGAAGAUCCAUUGUAUUAUAAUAGCCGACCAAAUAAUCGUAUGAACUCUCGUAGUACUGAAAGAUCACGCUCAACUAGAUCAACAUCUGGCUACAAUAAUAGUCUUAGUUUAGAUUAUGAUAGUGAUAUGCGUUACUCAUUUGAAACGGACAGAAGUUCUAAGCAUUGUCAUUGGAGUGAAGAAACUAUUGACAGUGAAACAGAUAAAAAGAACUUGGAGCGUUUCCAACGCUCUGAUAGAAGGCGUAGUUUAGAACGACAAACUGGGUUUGAUGAAUCUCUUCAUGAUCGUUUCAUCGAACAGUACAAUCAGUCAGACCAUGAAUAUCGGGACAGCACUGAAUACCCACAAAGUAGUUUUGACAGUUAUGGGAGCUUCAGAGAAGACUCUGUUUCUACUGAAUGGGAGAGGGGCAGUAGAUACCAGCAAUCUCAGAGUUAUACGGAAACAGACUCCUACUACACCCCAGAAUGGAAUAAUGAGACCGAACCAACUCCUGCCAAAGUUAGUAAUAAAUAUGUGCCAGAGGAAAGAACAGACUGGAGUAAAGUAAAUGGUACAAUAGGGGUUAGGAACAACAAACCAAAACCAGACCUGGAAGACUGGCGCAAUGACAGCACUAGUAGUGAAUGGAAGAAUAGGAGUGUUGAAUCAGAGUGGAGUAAAGAUAGCCCCAAAACUGAAUGGAAUCACGACAUUCCGAUCAUUAAAGAAACUCCUCCCCAUGGUAGAAGUAGUUGGGAGAGUGAUGUACCUCCGAUUGUUGAUAGAGUUCCACCCAUCGUUGACAAAGUUACAGAAAAAGUUAAAGGCAGUGAUAGGUGGAAUGGCCACCCUGUUGAUGUAACAAAAGACAAGGAUAGGUGGAAUAGUACAUCUUUAGAACCUGUAAAAUCCACCGAAUCUUGGAACAACAAAAAAUUAGAACCAGUUAAAAGUAGUGAUAGGAGGAACUCUGUAGUACCAGCAAAAACUAGUGAACUGUGGAAUGGCCAUGUUGCAGAACCAGUUAAAGCCACUGAUAGGUGGAAUAGCCCUGUUGAUACACCAAAAGUUAACAAUGAUAGGUGGGCUAAGCAUUCAUCAGUGGAACCUGUAAAUAAUGCAGAGCAUUGGAAGAAUUCAGUAGAGCCAGCUAAGAGUGGUUGGAAUGAAGAAACCAUCGAGGAAGAGGAAGAGUGGGCUGAACCUAUGUCAAAUCAUCAAAUUGAUUCUAUAAUUAGUGAUUGGCAGAAUGAUAAUGAGAAUAGUGAGUGGAUGCCUGAUGAUGAAGAAAGUUUUGAGAAGGAAUUGCCUAAAACAGAUUAUUCCGAAGAUUUAGAUAAAGAACUUCCAAUGGUUGAAAUAGAAACAGUUGAUGAUAGAACUUUUAAACAACCUAGGGAUUCUAUAGAUUAUGAAGGCAACACAUUAGCGGUCAUAAGCAAAGAUGAGAGACGUGCUAGUGUGCUAUCUAAUAAAGGUUUAGCUCCAUCUUUAGAUAUCCCUGAACUAAGUAGUGACUUAUUAAUGCCACGAACUGAAGUUCCUGCAAUUGCCAUUGACGAUAGUGAUCCUACAAUGUCCAGGGCCAAGCGGCGAUGGAUCAAUGCAUUUAACAAGAUAGUUGCACAACUGAAUGAGGUUGGUGGUGGUUUUGCCUGUUUGAGAGUUACCAAAAGGAACAAAUUUUUGGUCCCACUCACCCUUGAAGAACCCAAACAUUGCUUUGUCGAGUGGUUGCAACUUGUCACUCUGAUGGCUUGGUUGCGAAAGUUGCACUUCGCAUCCCACCAAGUUUUGCCUCUGGCCCUCAAACUCCUGUUGGACAACCUCAUCAAUCAAUGCCGCAAAGUCAAGCAGUCAGUGGAAAUCAACCUCAUGGGCCUGGUGUUCCACAAAAUAUUAGUACAACACCUCACCCUCCUGUUGGUCACUCACCUGGUCCCCAGCAACAGCAAUCUCCAGUCUCUCAACAAGCUCAACAGGCACAGCAACAGCCCCAGCAACAACAACAACCACAGGCUGAACAGCAGCAGCAACAAGCAUCGCAACAACCACAGCAACAGCCUCAGCAGCAACCUGUACCCCAGCAACAAACACAAUAGCAGCCGCUUCAGCAACAAGCCGGAUCCCAGCAGUUUCCCGCUAGCCAACAACAAUCGAGCAUACAGUUCUUCAUUGAAACCUGCAACUCCUUCAUCAGAGGAUGAAGCAACUGUUCAACCAAGGACUACACUUUCAUACCUGAUACGGAAAACGAGAGCUUCGGUUCUUCUGCUAGUCACAAUGCAUAUUCCUGAUUUAUAUCUAGUGCUAACAUUCAUUGAUUUCGUGUCCGGUCAAGAAACAUUCGAAGAAUUGAGAAGAACCAAAAAAUCGAAAUCUUUAAUUGAAAAUCCACAGUUUGGUAAUAACCAAAACUCAAAAAUGAAACAUGAAGAAGAAAAGAUUGUUGAGACCUAUCAUCACAUUAUUAAGAAAAUACUACCGCCAUUUCAGCCGAACACAAAAGCAGCAUUUGAAAACGGUGACCUACGAAAAAGCUUUCAUGACCAAUCGUUACAUUCGCCUAUCAGUCCGAAAAAUGACAUCUUUAAAGGGAACAUGAAAAAGAAAGCUGCAAUACUGGAGAAAAAUUCUAAUGAUCAUCAUAAGCUCGUAAAGAAUUUUAACAUCAAGGUGGUACCAAAGAAACACCAGAAAAUGAAUUGGACAAGACAAAGAAAUGAACAACCUAGUGUUCAUCAUCUGCAGAUGGUCACUGCAGAGAAUCAGGAAUUUUCUGCAUUUAAGCCAAAAAUAACAUGGUAUGUCAAAGAACAUGAUGAAGCUACUAAACCGGAGAAAAAUUCUAAUGAUCAUCAUAAGUUCGUUAGGAAUUUUAACAACAAGGUGAUACCGAAAAAAGACCAGAAAAUGAAUUCGACAAGAUAUAGAAAUAAACAACCUGGUAUUCAUCAUCCUGAAUUGGUCUCUGCAGAGAAUCAGAUUUUUAUCGCAUCUAAGCCAGAAACAACAUGGUAUUUCAAAGAACAUGAUAAAAUUUCUAAUAACAGUAGACAUGCCAGAAGUAUUGAGAAGCAUACCUCAGUGGUCGAUGAUUUUUUCACAGUUGAUUACAGCUUUGAUAUCAACCAUGAUGAUGGACUAGUACCACGCGACGAUAUCAAUUAUUUCUCAAUGCAAAACACGAUGUCUUUAAAUGAAGAAAACAACAGCGCAAAUCAGUUCACAAGUUCUCGUUAUGAUGCUUCAGAUAUUGCAAAUAUCUCUUUAAAAAUUGCAUCCCGAACUUCACAAACCAAAGAUCAACCUAGUCUUCUGAAUGACAUAAAAGUUUCUCCGGAUGUAAGACAAGUUCAGUCCAAUGAAGAUAAUACCAUUAUUCCACCUAACAUAUUGGCUCAUUCAAAGCCUAAUGAAUUAGGUAUCGUAAUUAAAGAUAUCAGUAAAUCUGCUACCCCAGCCAGUGAUACUCUGGAAAUACUGAAAGUCGAUAGGCAUGAAAAGGAGAAACUUUUUGUUUUUGGAAAAUCAACGCGGCUUGGCACUGUUAAAAAUUCCACAGAAGUUCCAGAAACUCUUAUUGCAGGCAAAGGUGAUGAAAUAACUCAUUCAUCUAGUAUUUUGUGGUGGUCUGGAUAUCUAUGUGUAUUUGUUAUCCUUGCUACUGGCUUCAUUCUUUAUUUUUCCUGUAAACACACAAAGUGGGACUGCCCUUUGAUAAUGAUGCCAUGUGGGAUGCCGAAAGUUUUUCAAAUUGAUGAGAAAACCGAAAAAAAGAAUGGAAAUGAUUUUACUUUCGAGUCUCAAAAUGAGGAGUCACCCGACGUUGAAGAAGACAUUCAACUUCUGAAGCAAACCAUAGACCAUAUUAUUUCAAAAUAUCAAAUGCAUUACCACAAAGUAGUGGAGAAAACAUAUUCGUCACCUGAACACCACGAAAUGAUGCAAAGAGUAAUACCAAUCGAAAAGGAUGGCUGA